AUGAACAAGCGCGAGGACCAGUCCUGUGUGACUGCGCUAGUCCUAUCUCAGGACAGUGGUAUGAUUGAGACCUACCUGUGCGCAUUAUUCUUAAUGCCCCUCUUCCACGACUACAUCCCACCUCCACGCAACCUCAACUAUCACAAACGAUCGACACUCUUACCUGAACGUAACGACGUUCUCUCGCGUCAUCAUGAGCGAUCGCCAGGGAUAACUUCGCUUUCUCGACUUGUCGGCAGCGCAACCGGGUUUACGAAUUCAUCGUAGAAGCCGAAGGAUCACGCGGUGUACUUCCAUGUCUCGCCCUUACGCAAGUCUGCCGACAAGUGCGAUCUGAGUACAGACCCAUCUGCAUGAAGCACGACGGCAUCAUCAAAUGGAAAAAGAUCCCCGGCUACAUACGCACAUUUUAUCCGAUAUCGGCUGAUGGCAAGGUCGAGAACAUCGAGCUCGCGCCCUCUAGCUUGACCAUAAGGUUUUUUGAUCCAUUCACCGACACGGCGUAUCUAGAAAUCGAUUUCCUCCUCA